AUGCCGCGCCGUCGGCCUCCCGGCAGGACCUCUGCCGCUUUGAGCUCGACCCUGAUCGCCCUACUGCUCGUGUUUCCUUUUGUGGCCUCCGCUCAGCAGCAGCAGCCCGGCCACCAACACCAUGCCGUCCGCAACUCUCCUCGCGAGGAGCUCCUCCGCGACACUGCGGACCAUCGGCCGUGGUCGUCCGCCCAUCUAGACGCCCUGUCCGAGUCCGCCGCUCCAGCGUCCAACCAGCGCAACCCCAACCGCAACCCCAACAGCAACAGCAACAGCAUCAAGCACAACAUCAACAACAACAAUAACAACAACCGACACCGCAACGUGCCCUUCAUUCCCAAGAACGAGCGCGCCAUUGCGACUUUGGCUCCAGCAGACCCCGAGUUCGCUGUUCGAGCACCUCCUGCCAGGUCGGCCGCCGGCCCUUCCGGCGGCCUCUCCUCGCGACAUCGUGCGCGGUCCCUGCAGGAUUGGGAAGUCGAGGAUUUUGUCCUUCUGGCGACCGUUGAUGGCAAGAUUCACGCGAGAGAUAGGAAUACCGGCGAGGAGAGAUGGACCCUCUUCGCCGACCGUCCAAUGGUCGACAUGGUCUACCACCAGCGGAACAAGUCCGAAGAAAGCGACGUCCUGGACGAUGGCCCGGAGUGGAUCGUCGAGCCGAAUCAGGACGGGGACCUUUACGUUGCUACUCCGGCUCCAAACAUCGGCAUCCACAAGCUGAACCUGACGGUGAGGCAGCUUGCCGAAGAGCUAUCGCCCUACGCAAGCGACGAUCCGCCCGUGGUGUACACGGCAGAGAAGAAGAACACUCUCUACACGGUCGACGCCGCUACCGGCCGAAUCUUGAAGCAGUUCAGCUCCGGAGGCUCGUCCGUCAUCGAUGAGGGCAGCUGUCGUCGCAUCAGCGGGCUCGAGGGCAUCGACGAGGAUGAGUGCGAGUCCAUCGGAACGCUGGCUCUCGGUCGCACGGAGUACACGGUCGGAAUUGCUAACAGAGACACGGGCACGCCGAUCUGCACAAUCAAGUAUUUCGAAUGGGCCCCUAACAACAGGGACCGCGACCUCCAGCUCCAGUAUUCAUCGACCAUGGACAACAAGUAUAUCUACAGCAAGUACGACGGAAACAUCUAUGCGUUGGACCACACCAAGGACAAGGAAAGAAACGUCUAUCACAACAAGUUCGAUUCUCCGGUCGUCCGCGUGUACGAUAUCGUGCGGCCGUUCCAUGCCAACUCUCGUGACACCUCUCUGGUUCUUCUACCCCAACCUCCCGGCCCUGCUACGGUUCAAGAAUUCCAGCAGGACGUCUUCUUGAACUGCACCGAAAAUGGUAGCUGGUUCGCUAUGUCUGAGAUCAGCUACCCCGCAGUUACCGACGGUGCCUCGCCAGCAUUGUGCUACACGCUCAACUGGAACGACUUUUCCGCGGUCAAUUGGCACACGCAGCAGGGCUCGCUCAGGCCUUUGCUGGUAGGUGUUCACUCUUUGACGCACACUGCUCAUCCCAUACCGAUGAUUGGAGGUGCCGAGGAUGUCCUUCCCAUCGGCGCCUCGGAGGAGCUGGGCCAGGAGCCUGUUCAGACUGAAAUUCCCCUUCCAAAACCGUCUAUUGCUCAGGCUCCUGUGUGGCAUUUGUCGAUCUGGACCUUCCUGGUAGCGACCCUCUUCCUCAUUCUCGGCGCUUCGCUGAGCGGUGACUGGAAGAAAACCUUGCACAGACCGCUUGAAAACUUCAGGUUUAAUGCGCCUCAUCCUCCUCAAGUAUCUCCAAGCGUGCCACAAAUUGAGGUAGCAGAAUCGCUAAAGGAUGAGCCAUCAGCCGAACAACCACCAGAGGAGCGGAAGGUCAGGUUCCAGAUGGGUGGUGAGGAGAUCACCGUUCCGGGUGAGGAUGCGCCGAGUAAUGGCAUCGAAAGUAGCCCGCAGGCUGGCCAAGCUCCUGCACGAGUUGAUUCGCCUCAGCCUACGGAAGAGGGCGACAACGGACAGGAGACGCCAAAGAAGAAGAAAGCCCACCGUGGCCAACGCGGUGGUAGGAAGCGCAAUAAGAACAGAAAAAACAACAAUGCCGAGUCUGAAGGCGAAGAGACGGAGAAGGUCGUUGCGAACGUCAAAAAGUUUGGUGAGGAUCAAGACGACGGUGUUGACGGUAGCUCUACCAACGGACAAAGCAUGUCGGACAUCUCCUCCGCGAAGCAAAUCCAUAAUCUGACCAUUACCGACAAGGUGCUUGGUAGCGGAAGCGGAGGCACUUUCGUCUUCGCAGGAAAGUUUGAAGGUCGUGAUGUUGCGGUCAAGCGAAUGCUCCCACAAUACUACGAGCUCGCCGACCAGGAAGUCAGUCUUCUUACCCAGAGUGACGAUCAUCCGAACGUCAUCCGCUAUUUUUGCAAGCAAAAGGACGAGAACUUUCUGUACAUUGCAGUGGAACUCUGCCAAGCCAGUCUUUGGGACCUCUACAAAGACGGUCGGGCGGACGAUCCGUGGACGGAUCAACAGAUCGGGUUGGUCAAUGAGAUCAAUGCCGAUGUUCCAAGAGCACUCUACCAACUCGCAGCUGGCUUGAACCACCUGCAUGGUCUGAGAAUCAUCCACCGCGACAUCAAGCCGCAGAACAUCUUGGUCGCCUAUCCAAAAAAGAACCAGACCGGAGGACCCCGUUUCGUCAUCUCGGACUUCGGACUCUGUAAGACUCUCCCGGACAACGUCAGCACUCUCGUCGGUACGACGAACAACGCGGGUACCAUUGGCUGGAAAGCACCGGAGCUUAUCCUCAAGCCGAAAGAAUCCGAAGGGCGUAUGAGCUCAAGCCAGCGGGAUUCAUCAACGUCCAAUGACCCUGUCACCCAAGGCGUUAAGAGAUCAGUGGACAUUUUCUCCCUUGGCUGCGUCUUCUUCUACGUCCUGACCAAUGGCUCCCACCCGUUCGAUGACGAGGAAGGCUGGAUGCAGAUCCGUGAGCUUAAUAUCAAGAAAAACAAGUUCAACUUCAGUAAGCUUGAGUAUCUGGGCGACGAUUCGGAGGAGCCGAUCCAUCUCAUCUCCCGCAUGCUUUCCAACAACCCGGUCGACCGUCCGACUGCCAUGCAAGUCAUGCAACAUCCCUUUUUCUGGUCGCCUGAGAAACGGCUUACUUUCCUCUGCCAAGUAUCGGAUCGAUUCGAGUUCGAGCCACGUGAUCCGCCAUCGGCGUCUCUCUGCAGACUGGAAGCGCGGAAUGUUGAAGUCAUGUGCCCCGCUCCCAAGGGCCAGAACUCGAACCACGCGUAUAGCAAGUUCCCUGACUUCCUAUCCAAGCUCGACCGCAAAUUCAUCGAUACGCUUGGUAAGCAGCGUAAAUACAAUGGCGACAAGAUGCUGGAUUUGCUGCGGGCGUUGCGCAACAAGAAGAAUCACUACUACGAUAUGCCGCCCGACGUUCAGGCCAAGGUGGGCCCCCUUCCAGACGGGUACCUCAGAUACUGGACGACGAGAUUUCCGAAGCUUCUUAUGGCUUGCUACGAGGUGGUCGUAGACUGUGGCUUUGAUCAGGAAGCCGGCUUCAGAACCUACUUUGAGCCCGCCAAUUCUUAG